CGGAGGGGCGGGAGCAGGAACAUUCCUGCCUGAUGGAAGAAAAGAGAAAGUUUCCAAGAUGGCCGGGCAGACCCUCCUGUUCGCUGGGAAACAAUAGAAGCGGGGAAGAGGGACGCACUUAAUCCGAGCUGUAGCUCGCUCUGAACCGUUCACUUCCCGACUCUGGCCCGGGAGUUAGGGGGAAUAUCCGCUGCGGUGAUUCGAAGUUAGUUAAAGCAUGAGCAUUAAUUUAAAUGUUUCAGGCCCGUCGAGCCCAAACACAGCGGCUAACGGCUACAGGGAGGCGGAGGAUCAGCUGCUGUUCGCCGGACAGAUGCUGUAGGGCGAGCGGGCUGCUACAUUUUCACAUGAGUGCCGCUGUGACUGAAGGCCGUUAGCGAGACAAAGGUCGCCUCCAUGGAGCCAGCACAGGAGUCUUAAAAAGGGCCAGGGGGGCGUAUAGACGCCCAGAGUGACAGAGAGCCAUAAGCAGCAUUUUAUGGACGGAGCCUGAGGCGGGAGUUCACUGCAGGUCUUUACUGAUGAUGGCGGAUUUUGUUGCAACGCGACACAGCGCGGUGAUGGAGCGGCUCCGCCGGAGGAUCGAGCUCUUCCGGCAGCAUCACAACACCUGCGAAACCCGCUACGAUGGCGCGUCGCAGGAGCGGCUGGAGCUGGAGCGGCAGCAAACCAUCAGCCUGCACCAGCGCCUCCUGCAGAACAAAGCCAAGCGGGCCAGCAAGCACCGGCAGCCGCAGCCCAGCGCCGACCCGGACGCCCAGAGAGCCCCGGGAGGCGGCGCGGAGAGCGGCGGGACGGCGGCGGAGCAGAGCCGGAACAACACCCGGCAAGUGCUGCACGAUGUGGUGGUGAAGAGGAAGAUGGAGAGCGGCGGCUCUCCGCUGAGCAACGGCUUACCCGACGGCCUCUCCUCCAGCAAGAAGGCCUGCCUGGACAACGGCCCCGCCAACGGCGCCGCCAUGGACUCCAAGCUGGGCCUCGCUGACCGCGGCUCCAACGGCGCCCACAGAGCGGCGGGGGAGGCGGGGGAGGCGGGCGGGGAGCCGGACUUCCGUCAGAAAGAGAUGAAGCAGGAGCCCGAGGACAUCCUGCCCAUCAUGCCUCCGUCGGUGGCAGGAAACAACCUGUUCCUGGACCUGAACCUCAACGAGCAGGAGUGGAAGGAGCUGAUGGAGGAGCUCAACUGCUCCGUGGCCAUCGAGGACAUCCAGGAGAUCCUCAACUACGGCUUUGAGGAGCGCAGAGACGCUCUGGACCCGGCUCCAGGAGCAGGAGGAGCAGGAGGCGGGCCCCAGUCCUCCCAGAGUCUCCUCCCAGACCUGUCCAGCGUGAAGGCGGAGUUUUCCCCCGCCUCCUCCUCCGUCUUUGAGCAGGACUCUCGCACCGCCUCCCCCCAGGUCAGGUCCACCUCCUCAGGGCCGCCUCCUCGCCCCGCCGGCUCUCCCGUCGCCUCCGCCUCCUCUCCGGUUCUCCCCCCGUCCCAGCCGGCCCCUCCCCCCAGGCAGCUCCAGCCUCCCCCCAACCACCUCCUCUCCCCGGGGCCCCCGGCCCCCAAAGACUUGUCCCCGGCCCAGCAGCUGCAGCAGCUGGCCGCCCAGCAGCAGAGAGCCCAGCACAUCCAGGGCAAGAUGCAGCACAAGCCCCCGCAGCAGGGGGCCAAGUUCCACAGCCAGGGGCCCCACAGCCACCCCCCGCCCUGGCCCCACAUGCCCACCGGCUCCCAGAGCUCGCUGGGCGGCACCUUCGGCCUGGACAAGCCCAGCAGCCCCGCCCUCUACCCCUCGGACUUCAACCCCAACGCCCAGAAGCAGAUGCUGAUGCCCGCUCAGCCCAACAAGGGUUCCCCCAAAGCAGGGGCCGGCAGCUACAUGUCGGGCCCCCCCGGCCCCCCCAACAUGCUGAGCCACCUGUCGUCAGGGCCCCCCCUGAGCCACCCGCCUGCACAAGGUGCUCAGAGCUCUGCGGCCAUGCUCAACUACAAGAACACCAUACCGCUGUCCCACUUUGAGGCGGGCCCCGGGCCCCCCCGGGCCCCCAGCACCCAGAUCCAGGACAAGACGGCCCUGCUGAACCUGCUGCGGCAGCAGCACCAGCAGAAGAGCAGCAUCAACUUCCGGCAGCACAUCCCCCACUCACAGGAUCAGAACAGCUUCUCUGCUGCUCCGCACAUUCCGGGCGCCGCCAACGCCAUGACCUCCGGCUCGGGGAACAACGGCAUGGCGGCGGGCCAGGGGAGCAACGCCAUGGCAGGUAGCCACGGUAACGCGGCGUUCAUCAACAACCAGAUGGCGGCUCUGAAGCAUCAGCAGCAGCAGCAGCAGCUCCUGGAGCAGCAGAAGAAGCAGCAGUACCUGCAGAGGCAGCUCCUGGCUGAACAGGAGAAGCAGCGUCAGCAGGACCAGCAGCUGCAGCGGCAUCUGACCCGACCCCCCCCACAGUACCAGGACCAGACGGGACCAGCAGCCAAUCAGAACCCUUUCCCUCAGCAGUCAGUCGGACAGUUUACAAGUUCUUCUCAGCCAAUCAGCAGCAUCGGCUCCAUGGGAGGCCACGCCCCCGGAACCCGCAUGUUCCCUCAGAACCAAGGCAUGAUGGGAAUGAGCAUGGCUCAGGGCGGGGGCCCAGGCGGCGGCGGCGGCGUGGCCCCGCCCCCUCCGGUCAGCCAGGCGGACAUCAGCCUGCCGUCGUGUGGGGGCGGGGCCAGCGUGGAUUCUCUCUACAGCAGCAUGACCCUCCACCAGCAGGGGGGGCUGCAGCGCCAGCCUCUGGGCGCCGUCAGCGCCUCCUACAGGCAGCAGCAGCUCCUGCAGCAGCAGCUGCUCAAGCAGCAGCCCAACGCCGCCAUGCUCAAGCAGCAGCUGGCCGCCGCCCGCCUGCCCGGCGCCAUGCAGGGCGCCAUGGGGGGCGGGAUGGUCGGGUCCAUGCCCGGCGGGCAGGGCGGCGCCGCCUGGCAGCAGCAGCUCGCCGGCCAGCCGCCCUCCAGCAACGCCGGCCUGCAUUCCAACGCCUUCAACAACAACGCCUUCCACAUGCAGCAGCCCCGCAUCUCCAAGAUGGCCGCCGGCUCCGCCUCCUUCGGCGCCGCCGGCCGUCCCAUGGCGGGUCUGAACGCGGCGGCGCAGCAGAUGAUGCAGACAAACAUGGCGGGCCAGCAGAGGGCGCCGCCCGCCGCCCAGAGUCUGGGCCAGCAGCAGCAGACGCAGCAGUCGGCCAAUCAGAACCAGGCCGUGCUCUCUGACAUGGCGGCGUUCGGACAGCCGCAGGGCAACGGUCGCCAGGCGAUGCAGUGUAACCAAGGUUACCAGGUGAGCAGGACCGCCGGCCAGCAGCAGCAGGUGUCGUUCGGCUACAACGCGGCGGCAGGGAGCUUCGCCGCAGAGAGCGAGCUGGUGGACUCGCUGCUGAAGGCUCAGAGCACGCAGGAGUGGAUGGCCGACCUGGACGAGCUGCUCGCCAGCCACCCGUAGCCGGUUCUGACGGGUUCUGACCCGCCGCGUCGGCCCGCUCAGACGGCGCCGCAUCGUUUACAGGCUGAAGGGCGGACGAGUUCACGGCGCUGACCCUGGAUCAGCUGGAAACGGCCGAAUGAUGAGCGCCAGAACCUCCUGCUAGAACAAGGUCCGAUCAGAACCGCCGCCAUGCGCCUCCAAGCUACAGGCACAAGGCUCAUGACUGGACAACAAAGAAUAGCAUUAAAAGGCGGUGGUGAGGUCACUUCCUGCUCCUGCAGGAAGCCACGCCCCCUGCUGGUAGGUCUGAUGUCAUGGCAGAACCGGUCCACUGUCACGCUGUGGUUCUGGUCGUUGCCUGGUGACCAGAACCGACGUGUUGAAGGGAGGACCGCGCCUCACCUGGAGUCCACCUGUGGUUCUGCUGAUGAACCGUAACCGGGCGGUCCUGGUCCGGCUCAGCAGGUUCUGCUGGCUGUAACCGGGCCGGUCCGGUGACGGCCAUCAGGUUCCCUGUGGUAUCAGCAGGUCGACCCGUCUGCGAUGACAUCAGAGCGCCUAAAGCGUCCAUCCGCUUCAGAACCGACCCGUUGUGCGGGCGCAGCAGAACCAAAGCCAGGGAGGUUCCAGCUGUUCUAGCAGGAGUGUAAAUGUGGUAAAUCCAGACUACUGAACCACUGAAGUCGCCCCACAGCGCCCCCUGGAGGCCUCUGAGGGCUCAUCACCCUGCAGCCGCCAUGUUGGCUCCCACUCAGCUUCAUUUUCAUAUUGUAGGGAAAUUUAUGGAAACAAAAACAAAGACCAACAUCUUGAACAGGAGUUGGUUCUGUUUAUGCAAACCAGCCUCUGGCUCUCUGGAUAUUUCAGGCUGCGGCUCGUUCAGCCUAAAUCAGCCCAUUAGAAUAUGAAACCGCUCUUUAACGCAGUCGCUGUUAAUCUGCUCGUUAGUGAGGCUAAGAUUGAAGCGCCGUCUCUAACGGUGGACCUGCUGCCCUGAAUCUGGUCUGCCAGGCUGCAGGCGGCUCAUCUGACUCCAGCUGCUCGGUCAGCUUGUUUUUUUUAUUCAAAUCCUGCAGAUGAGGAAAGUUUUCCCCUGUUCAUCCGGUCCAGUUCUUCAAAAACCAGUUUUUUCAGCCAGUUGUGGGUUUUUCCAGCGCCGUUGAGCUGCUGCAUGAAAACAUUUAAUCUGAGUUGAUUAGAGAUUAAAACUGGCCGAGGAUCCAGAGUUUAAAAUCAUCCUUUAAUUAAAUAAAAACCUUGGGAUUAUCUGCUGUACCGUUCCGUCUCGCUCCGCGGUCGGACUGGUUCUCUUGACUCGUGGCGGUUCUGACUCCGGCUGCAGAGUUCGGACCCGCCCAGCUGUUGUGAAGGGGCUCUGUGUAAAUGUCUAUAAAUAUUUUGUUAUGUAAACCUUUCCUAAUGACCUGGAGAAGAUAGAAGUUAUUUUUAUAUAUUGCAGCUGAAUUUUGUAAGUAUUUUAUACUUUUGAUAUGGUUCUCUGUAAAACAAGAGUAUUAUGUAAAUAUAGUUCUUUAGAAACGAA